UUUUGGUUUGGGUCCUCUCUCUCUCUCUCUCCAAAGAAACAAACUCUCACAAUUCCCGAAAACGAAAAAAUAUCUCUCAAUCCGAAUUUGCGACUUUUCCGCUACCUUUUGCUCUGUCAAAAACGUAAAAAUCUCUGAAAGAUUUAAUUGAUCUUGUUCAGUGAUGGGUUACAAAGAGGUUUAUUCAGCUCUUGCGGAAUUGUUUCCACAGAUUGAUGCAAGGCUUUUAAAAGCUGUUGCUAUUGAACACCCAAAGGAUGCUGAUGAAGCUGCAGCUGUUGUUGUUUCUGAGAUUGUUCCUCUCUUUUACCCUAAUUUGGCUGAUGAUACUUCUACACCACCUGACAACAAUUCACCCGCUCAUGUCCCCAACAAAGUAGAACGUGAUAUGCAAAAUGGUGCGGUGACUGUUUCAGAGUCUGGUGCUUCGUCUUCAGGAACUAUUUCUCUGGCUGUUCAUUGUGACCAUGAAACAAGGGCAUCAGUCACUGAAUUUUAUUCUAGUAGGAACCAGUUAGAAAGUGUGUUUCCAAUUGGUGAUCUUGAUUUUCAUAGCAAAGCAAGGAUCGGGUUGAGCGGAUCGGUUGAGCCUAGAGUGGUUCCUUCAGAAACCCCUGCCUUUGUUCAGGUGGGAGACAAAUUGACUAGCGAUGGUUGCCAAGGUGUUGAGUUUCACCUUACAGGUAAUCAAGCAGAAGCUAGCACAAGCCGGGAUGCAGACGAUACUAUGCAUAAGCUGAUUUUGGAGAUGACACAAUCACCUCGUUUUCAAAGUAGAACUGGGAGUUCACUUGACUUGAACGAGGCAUCAAGUGGUUCAUUGGCUGUUGAAAAUAGUGAUGCAGAGUUGAGUGGUUCAAAUCUCGUGGACGAGACAUCAAAGGGCGCUUUGGCAGUCGGAAAUGGUGAGCUAGAGCUGGGGGGUUCUUUUAGCUCUGUUGUUAGCAGAUCAACUCACGGAUGCAACAUUGCCCACCUUGAGCAGAUCAUUGAAGAUGCCAAAAGUAACAAGAGAACCCUGUUCACUGUGAUGGAGUCGAUUAUGAACCUGAUGAGAGAAGUUGAACUUCAAGAAAAGGAGGCAGAAAAGGCGAAGGAAGAUGCUGCUAGAGGAGGCUUUGAUACUCUUGACAAGGUUGAGGAGCUGAAGAAAAUGCUGGAACGUGCGAAGGAGGCAAAUGACAUGGAUGCUGGAGAAGUUUAUGGGGAGAGGUCGAUUUUGACCACUGAAGUUAAUGAGCUUGAAAAUCGCCUGCUCAACUUGUCAGAAGAACGUGACAAGUCUCUUUCUGUUCUUGAUGAGAUGCGUGGAGAACUUGAAACAAGACUAGCGACAGCGCUGGAGAUAAAAAAUGCUGCUGAGCAAGAAAAACAGGAAAAAGAAGGUUCUGCACGCAAGGCAUUUGCUGAACAAGAAGCGAUCAUGGAGAAAGUUGUUCAAGAAUCAAAGCUUCUGCAGCAGGAGGCAGAGGAAAAUUCAAAGCUGCGGGAGUUCCUUAUGGAGCAUGGUCGGAUUGUUGAUUCCUUACAAGGAGAAAUCUCAGUGAUCUGUCAAGACAUCAGACACUUGAAAGAGAAGUUCGACAACCGAGUGCCAUUGAGCCAAUCAAUCUCCUCAAGCCAGACUAGCUGUAAACUGGCUUCUUCCGCAUCAUCCAUGAGAAGCUUAUUACUGGAGAAGCCAUUGGAGGCAUCUUAUGAAACACCCGAAGCCUCGAUCAGCGACGACGAGAGGCUAAAAGCUUUGGUUGAUGAUGAUAAGAAAGACGAACGUAAGGAGCUGCUGGAAGAUGGCUGGGACAUCUUUGACAAAGAGCUAGAACUCUAAAUGUCUUGUCUCUAGAGAAGAUUCAAUCUCUUUAUAGAAAUAAAAAAAAUCGGUGUUAAGAAUAAAAGAGAUAUGAAAGAGCUUUUGGAUUCUGCGUCUAUUGUCUUCUAUAUAGAGUAAAGCUUGGAUCUUUGAGCUUAACCUAGCAGUAGUCUAAACAUCUAUUGAGCUUUCUUUUAAACUCUUCUCAGUGUACAGUUUGCUUUUGGUGUUUUCUUGAACUCUCUCUAAUACUCCAAACUCAAAAGUUUUGUCAUAGAAUUUUGAGACUUUA